AUGGGAUGUACCCUGAGCGCUGAGGAAAGAGCCGCCUUGGAGCGGAGCAAGGCCAUCGAGAAGAACCUUAAGGAGGACGGGAUCAGCGCUGCUAAAGAUGUGAAACUCCUCCUGCUCGGGGCCGGAGAGUCUGGGAAAAGCACCAUCGUGAAGCAAAUGAAGAUCAUCCACGAGGAUGGCUUCUCUGGAGAAGAUGUGAAGCAGUACAAGCCAGUGGUCUACAGCAACACUAUCCAGUCCCUGGCAGCUAUUGUCCGUGCCAUGGACACCCUGGGCAUUGAAUACGGCGACAAGGAGCGGAGGGUAAGUGCAAAGAGCACCUGCAGGCUCCAGAGCACCACCAGCAGGAGAGGAGUGUGUCCAGAAGAACUUGCUGGGGCUAUGAUGAGACUCUGGGCAGACUCUGGGAUCCAGGAAUGCUUCAACAGGUCCAGGGAAUAUCAGCUUAACGACUCGGCCCAGUACUACCUAGACAGCUUAGAUCGAAUUGGAGCUGCAGACUACCAGCCCACGGAGCAGGACAUCCUCCGAACCAGGGUGAAAACAACUGGCAUCGUAGAAACCCACUUCACAUUCAAAAACCUCCACUUCAGGCUGUUCGACGUGGGGGGCCAGCGGUCGGAGCGCAAGAAGUGGAUCCACUGCUUCGAGGACGUCACAGCCAUCAUCUUCUGCGUGGCGCUGAGCGGCUACGACCAGGUGCUGCACGAAGAUGAAACCACGAACCGCAUGCAUGAAUCCCUGAAGCUUUUUGACAGCAUCUGCAACAACAAGUGGUUCACAGACACCUCCAUCAUCCUCUUCCUAAACAAGAAGGACAUAUUUGAGGAGAAAAUCAGGAAAUCUCCACUGACUCUCUGCUUUCCUGAAUAUACAGGCCCCAGCUCUUUCACGGAGGCAGUGGCUUACAUCCAGGCUCAGUAUGAGAGCAAGAACAAGUCCCCCAACAAGGAGAUCUACACACACAUCACCUGCGCCACCGACACCAACAACAUCCAGUUUGUCUUCGACGCCGUCACCGACGUCAUCAUCGCCAACAACCUGCGGGGCUGCGGACUCUACUGA